UGGAAAAGAAGACAAAGAAAAACAGGAUACAACUGAAGUACAAGAGCCUAUUGAGAAUUCACAGGAUGGACCAGAUGUCUCUGCAACAGAGACUAGCAAACAUGUGGUGGAAGAUGCAGAAGGUGAAACAAAAUCCCAAGAAUUAACCCCAGAGGAGCAACUGAAAACCUCGAAUGGUCUGACAAUGGACUUGAACACUGAAGUCACAGGGAAUAUGGUAAUUAGAAAACCUGCAAGGGUGACUUUUAAUUUAGAGGAAACUGAACUGAAACUAAAGCUAGAAGAACCAUGGAAGAAAAAUCUUUUUAAAAGAAUAGAGGCAAGAGCCCAGGCAAUGCAACAGAAAAUAAUAGAUAAGGAUAAUCUGAAGAAGGAAUUAGAAAAGAAGUCUGAAAAAAAACUCCCUAGGGAUAAUUUGGCUAAAGAGUGGUUUAAUAUUGAAAGCACAGCACUGAGUACUCGUGCAUAUUUGCUUGACAAACUCCUACCCACCUUAGUUCCUGCAAUGGAAAAAAUGUUAGCAGCACAAGAAAAGAAUCUUUUAACCAAAGCUGAUGUUCCAAUCAAAUUUGAUCCAAUUAAUUAUUUGGGAGAAUGCUUAAUGAGGAGUAAUCCUAAUUAUAUCAAAGAUCCAGGAAUGUCUGGAUACCAGAGGGUGAUGAGAGAAGUCACAGAAGACCUGAAGCUACAUGUUCCUGAAACUAUCUGCAACAGAGUUUCUAAGUUGAAGGAGCAUGUUAAACAGAAAAGACAACAAAGAGAGCACCUACACACAAUCAAGGCCAAGGUGGCUGACAUGCGGAAACAAGCUUUGCAGGAACAGUUUGAUGAAUGGAUUCUAGAUCCUAAAGGACUCAUUCCAACAGAAGUGAUUCAGAAUGUUCUUCAUGAAUUUUUUCAAAGACCAUGUUUUGCAAUUGAACCACGGUGCAAACAGUUGGAUAUUAUUGACUCAAUGGAACCAAGAUUGAGCAAAGCAGAAUUCAUAGAAUACAUCUCUUCAUGGGUUGAAGACCUUAAAAGUGAAACUUUUGAGGAACUCCUUAAGCACCUUUGCCACUGUGCAGAUGAAUUCCGGGAGAUCGUAAAAAUUGAUAUGCAGAGACAGAUGUUUGUGGAACUUUUCCUACAUUGUGACCAUGGGAAGGUAGGGAUUUUGGAUCGACAGAGAACAUUGGCCUUGCUGGAAGAGUUCUAUGACCAAAGUUCACAAACACUUAGGAGUUUACUCCGAAACCCAAGACAAUGGCCAUUCAUUGAGUUUGAAGAGAUAGACUUGCUUGAGUUCUGGGGUGACAUGGAUAAUCAAAAACACAUUUAUGAAGACUUUGAUAAAGUGCUCUUAAAGAUGAAUGCAUUACUUUCCGAAAAACAUAACAGAACCUCAAAUAAAUUAUUAGAAGAUCCAAAAGAUCAGUCAAAAUAUGAUGAACAGAAAAUAUCAACAGCACCACCACAAACACCCAAACAGCAGAAGGGAAAAACUGCAGAUCUAGGAUCACAAAGGAUUUCAAAUGAAGAACAAGACAGAGAGUUAAAUGCUAAGAAAAACUUAUACAGAGAAGCAGUGAUAGGCCAGGGAAGCAUCACAGAAUCAACUGUAGAAGAAGCAUCAAGUAGAGAAGUAAUAGUUGAACAAAGAUCACAAAAAGAGUCAACUUCAGAGCAAGAGACACGCAGAGCAUCAACUGUAGAACAAAGAUCACACAGAGGGUCAACUGCAGAGCAAGGUCCACGGAAACCAACCAUUAAAGAACAAAGAUCACCCAGAGGAUCAACUGCAGAGCAAAGAUCACGCAAAGAGUCAUUGACGGAGGAAGGUUCACAGAGAGGAUCAAUUGCAGAGCAAGGGUCACGGAGACCAACCAUUGUAGAACAAAGAUCACCCAGAGGAUCAACUGCAGAGCAAGGGUCACGCAGAGUGUCAGUGAUGGAGCAAGAACCACAGAGAGGGUCAAUUGCAGAGCAAGGGUCACAGAGACCAACCAUUGUAGAACAAAGGUCACAUAGAGGGUCAGCUGCAGAGCAAGGGUCACGCAGAGAGUCGAUGAUGGAGCAAGGAUCACAGAGAGGGUCAAUUGCAGAGCAAGGGUCACGGAGACCAACCAUUGUAGACCAAAGGUCACACAGAGGGUCAACUGCAGAACAAGAGUCACAUAAAGCAUCAGCUACAGAACAACAAUCACGCAGAGUGUCAAUUGCAGAGCCAGCAUCACACAGAGAGGUAAUGAUAGGACCACAGAAAGAGUCAGAACAAAGACUACAUAGAAAGACAAUAUCAGAACAGGACAGAGACUCAACUUCACAAUCAGCCAAAGAAAUGACAAAAAAGAAUCUUCAGAAAGACAAAUCCUGUGACCCCAAGUCCCCCAAAAUAGAAGGAAAGUCAUGGUCAGGUGAAUUUUUGUCUUCUAACUGGAGGAUGAAGUAUGUCAAAUUUGAAGAUGAGGAACAAGCAAACUUAAUCUAUGGUAACUCCAGGUUCACAGAACUACACUCAAUUAUCAGAAGUAUUCAGUCUUACAAGGAAGUAAAAGGUCGGAGUACUUUCAAUGGAAUUUCCCUCAAUCUGAUCCAGUUUGUGCAAGUCUUAGAGACAUUUGUUGGUGAAGAUGCUCCCCUGAGUGCCAGUGAGAACCUCACCUCUUUUUUUAAAAGGAACUAUGUUGAAACAAAAGAAGAGAAAAUGAAUGCCUUAGAACAGGUUAGACAAAAUGCUUUCCGAACCCGACAGGAGCUUCUCUUAAAAGCACUCUUUCAGAAGUGGGACAGUGAUGGUUCAGGCUUCCUGGAUCUAGAGGAAGUUGAUAAACUCUUAUACACAUACAAGGAUGGAAUGGAAAAAGAAUCUAUGAAGAAAGCUAAACUACAUAUACAGUUUCUAAAGCCACAUCCUGGUCAUGAAGUAAAGUUGUCUUCAAAACAGUUUCAGAAAUACAUAGAACUGGUUGUAUCUGAACUCACAGGUGAUGAAGAUCAAGUUCUGGAAAAUGUUGUAGAAUUUCUGAUGAAUGCUGUGGAGAAGAACCAUACUGAGAGUUUAAGGAAUUGUGCAAGAUGGAAAUGGUUGCAUCAAAUCCAACAUGUUGCCGAGACAAGUGGGGUAUCUCUGGAGCCAGUAUACAAUGCAACUUUCAAGGCUCUUAUGCAGGAUGCUGAAGCCCAUGGAAAUAAGAAGAUCAGUGCUCACAUUUCCCUCUUAGAAGAAAACCUAGUACUACCAGAUAGAGGGGCUGUUCUGUUGAGAAAUGUGGCUUGUACCCUAGAUGAUGCUCCAUUUGUAUUAAACAAAGUGCUCUACCAGGACAUGAAGGGAAUCAGCUUUACAGUAGUGGCUGAAGGAAAGCCAAUUCAUGUCCCCCAAGUUCAAUAUCAUGGGAACGUCUUUUUCUGGAACAAAUCCCACAAGAAUGAUCAUAAUGGGUCAUUCCUGGCUCUGCCUCUUCAGGAUGCCUAUAUGAGAGUCUUUGGGGUCCUGGCUGUUGACACUCUUAGAGAUCCCCAUGAAAUAAACAUCUUCCUACCUCAUGAAAUUAGAUUCUAUCAGGGUGUUGCUAAUGUCUUCAGCAAUGCCUAUCACUAUGUUCACAGCAGAGAGCAUAUCCUACAUGUUGUGAUCACUGGUAUCGGAUGGCUCUUCACUAUGACAUCCAGCAUUACCUCCAUCACUGCCUACUUUGUUGAAUCUAGCCCAGACCAGGAUUCGGACUAUGUUUUACGCAAUAUGAUGGUUACAGAGCACCUGGGUCUAACAGAAAUCCACACGAAUCCUCCCAGCGUUUUCAGGAAGUCAUGUAUCUUCAGAGAUUACCUUUUUAAGUGUAUAGACAGUUCAGAAGUUAUUUUGGCCUCUGCCUGUGGGGAAACCCACAUAGUAAUUCCACUUCGUGAGAGAACAGGAGAGGCUCUCGGACUUCUUGAUGUUAACAUUGGCCACACCAGAAUGUUGUUAUACCAAGAAUAUAAAGAUCUACAGAAAAUGAUGAAGAUGAUCCAUGCUGCCUGCUCUGAAAUAUUGGGUGAAUUCUCUGGAGAGAUAAAGAAAAACAUUAUCUUAGAGAUUGAAAAAGCAGGAGAAGUCCAGCGAGCAGGAAUUCUCUUUUUCCGAAUCAUGCUGCAGGAGCUGCGGGAAUGCCUCCACGCGCUCAGCCCCAUGGACUUUGUGUCCCUCAUGCUCCAUGAAUAUAAGUCUGAAGCUGAGCCAAAGUCUGCUCAAGACAGCAAGUCCCAGGAGUUUGAACCCAGUGUAGAUCUAGUACACGGCAUCCUGAAAGGAGUUAUCUUAGUCUAUCAUCCAGACUUGGAAAGUUCAAAUGAGUUGGAAAACUGGGAUAAAUGUAAACUUUAUGUUAACAAAUAUUUAGUGCGGCAUAUUUGUGAAUUUGACCCAACUGCUAGCCAUGAGGAAGUUAAUUUACAGCUGAUUGAUGAAAAUAUCAGAGAUUAUUCCCGAAUUGAAGUAUGGAAAUUUGGUAAUACUGUCAUUGAACUCCUAUACCACUGGAUGCACAUCUGUUCAGCUCUCAUGAAGCUAACCAAAAAACUAGACAGCGCCAUUCGACCUCCGUUUCCCUCCAAGUCUGACAACUACAUAUAUGCAAAAAUGCCAGGGGAAACUUUAGCAGGACAAUCCUAGCAGAAUUGGUACUCUAUACAGUACUUUGAUCAUGUUCACUGCUGUUAACUUUAGUUUUCAA